GCCCUCUGCUAAUCAGACUUUUGCGUAAAUUGUUGUAUUUGUUCUGACUUCCGUUCCGUACCAUCGUUUUUCAUAGAUACCUACAUAUUAUCUAUUGAGUAUUCAUACCAUCCUAUAAAUUUAAGACGUAGUGGAUGUGAAUCACUCCUGUUUUCUCUGAAUAAAGUGUUAUACUCAUGUGUAAUUUGUAAACAAUAAACAUUGGCUAAAACCAUGAAUAUCUCGAAAUUUAAUUAACGUUCCUAAUAUUGGUUUAUAACUUGUUAUUUGAAUUUUGCGACUAGCUAAAGGUACUUUGAAACUAAACAUAUUUAUUGAUAUAUCGGUUUAAACAGCCUGUUCAUAUGGAGUCAGAACAUCAACCUAAAUUAAGUCCGAUACGAGCGUUUCAAGUUCUACAUGGAGGUAGUAUGGAUCCUGAAGAUGAUGACGCAAAUUUAAACAAUCUCACGAGUCUUUCAGAUUACCACGAUUAUGAACCGAGUUUAGAAUUCGAUGAUUCCGAACUGAUUCAAGCCACUGGCCUUGCGCCACUACCACCGGAAUUGCUUGAUUUGUCGGAAGAGUUGAUUACACGUUCAAGUAGCGACGGCACCAUAGAAGAAAACUUUGAAAAGGAACUCGGUCCGCAAACUUACUCUGAGAUUAUCUCAUGCUCCCUCGACUAUGACUUGUUCUCGGAACUAAAUCAGAGUAGGUUGGUCGAAGUAGUAGGCGAUGAUGAUAUCGGUCGCCGAAUCAUUGUAGUAUCGGCUUGUCGCCUGCCUCCUGCUAAGGACAUACAUCCUGACUAUUUGCUGCGGUUCCUUAUGUUCACAUUGGAUAAGUACGUGGAACAAGACUAUAGUGUCAUCUAUUUCCAUUAUGGUCUCACUAGCAGAAAUAAGCCACCUUUGUCUUGGCUUUGGAAAGCUUACAAAGCGUUCGAUCGAAAGUACAAAAAGAAUCUCAAAGCUCUGUAUCUCGUACAUCCAACAAAUUUCAUACGAAUCGUUUGGCAAAUGCUAAGACCCGCUAUUAGCGUUAAGUUUGGUAGGAAGAUGAUGUACGUUAAUUACUUACAUGAAUUACAACAAUAUUUAGAUUUGGAAAAAGUUCAAAUUCCCGAGCGAGUAAUUGAGUACGACAAAGUCCUUUUGUCAAAAAAUCCACGUGCCGCAGAAAUAGCGCGUCAAAAUAUGGAACGUGCAGGAAAGCCUCAGGAACGAGGGGAGGCCAGCGCUAAAGACAGCCUGUCGCCUCCCUCCACCCAACAGUUCGGGGUUUCUUUACAGUUUAUCAAGGAAAAUAAUUCGGACAUGGUUGAUGCCAUUCCGCCUGUAGUGCGGCAGUGUGUUGAGUUUUUGUCGCAACCAGACGCUUUGGAAACAGAAGGCAUAUUCCGGAGAUCCGCAAAUUUGGCAGUCGUUAAGGAACUGCAACGGGCUUGCAACAGAGGGGAAACAAUUUCGUUUAAAAACGAUCCUCAUAUUGCUGCUGUGUUAUUAAAAACAUUUUUACGGGAUCUUGAGGAGCCCCUGAUGACAUUCGAUCUUUAUGACGAAAUUAUUCAAUUUCAAUCCUGGCCAAUAAGUGAAAGACCAAGGAAGGUAAAGAUAUUAGUCUUGGAGAGACUUCCGCUGGAUAACUACAAACUGCUGAAAUACGUUAUCCAAUUCUUAUGGAAGGUCCAGGACAGAAGCUGUCUCAAUAAAAUGACAAGUAGCAACUUGGCGGUCGUGUUUGGCCCUAACUUAUCUUGGCCUCCGACUGGACAAAUGUCACUUCAGUCAAUUGCUCCCAUCAACGCAUUCACUGACUUCCUGCUCGAAAAUCAAGAAACGAUAUUCAUUAUUUAAUAAUCGAAGUUGUAUGUUUGAGUACGGCAUAAUGUUUGAGAUCGAGUCCGAGGAGACGCUGAAAAUAUGAAACCAUUUAAUAAAAAAUAAUAUUAUAAGUUAACCGGCAAAAUGUGUCGUCUUUGUCGUACCUAAAUUUGAGAUUAUUCUAAACGUAAUUUAUAUAUUGGAUGGUCUAAUUAAUAAUUUUCUUAUCAAUGGUUGAAAUAAAACCUAGUUAUAUUCAUAAUAACAUAUAAAUGUUGAUGUCUAAUAGUAUCGUUUUAAAAUGAACGGUAGUAAUUAUUGUUGAUGUUGUUUUGUAACGAAGAGAUCUAAUAUUGUUCUUAUGAAGUAAAUGUUAACAGGAAUGAAUAUAUUAUGUACAUGAAAUGUGUGAAAAAAAUUGCCAAAAAUUUGGUGCCACGUUUCAUAUUAUGGUAAAAUAAUUCUAAAAGAUAAGAAUGGCUAUCACGUUAUUACCCGCUCCUAACCUGAGAUACUUGUUGUUAUACUAUUUGCACGUUAGUCAUAUUUCUUAAGAUAUAGCUACCCUACUUUGUUUCACCACAAUAUUAUUCCACUCAAAGAGGAACUUCAGAUAUUUGUAUAGGCCUGUUCUUAAUUAUAUAAACGAUGAAAAGACAAAUAAAAAUUUAUUAGCGCAACCUAACAUUAUGCACGUCUUAUAUUAGUUUUCAAAAAGCGUUCAUCAAAAUAUAAAUGCUUAUGAGAUUUGUAUGUCUGCGCAUUGGAUCCAGCUGAUUGUUAGCAGUACUCAGCACAUCGGAAAUAGCGAAUUUGAAGACUGAUUUUAAACAAUAGUAGAGUGGAAUGGUUUCUAACGUUAGUUCUAAAUACGCGUGUGUUACGUUCACAUUAUGGCGUAUUGGUUUUAGCACUUUUCUGUGUUUGUUCUAAUUCUAAUAGCUUUAGUUGUGAUCAUUACUCGAUUCCAAUUAAAAAUAUGUCAACACACUCGUUUGUUUAUAGUACAAUUAUUAAACCACCAUUAUCAUAACCUUAUUUAAGUUAUUUAAGUAUGUAUAUCGAAUGAUAAAAAUCGCACAAUAGAACGUACGUGGUAGAAGGGUGCAAAUACGUUGUAUCAAUAUACUUUUUAUUUAAUGUUUAGUUACUAAUAUUUUUCAUCUCUUGUAAGUUUUUAAAAUUUUUAUUGUAAGUAAUUGCGCAUCCAUCUUGAAUUUUUGACAAUUUUUUUAAGUUGGACUGUAGUAACGAUAUAAUAUGUGGUAAUUAGGCAUAAUAUGUAUUUGUCGUUAAAUGGAUGUUUCAUAUUGUAUUAUAAAUUAAAUAUAAGAGUAUGGAAAUUUGUUAUUUGUCAACGAAACAAAAUGGGUAUUGGGUAUUUAUGGAUCUAACCAAAAAAUAAAAAUGUGUAUAAUUAUUUACUUAUGUUUAGUUUCUAAAAGUAUUUGUUGUAGUGAAUUCAUGUAGAUAUUCAGGGUGUAGAUGAGAUUGUAAGGAAGUCAAUACACUAUGUGUAAAAAAGUAGCGAUCUGGUCUUGGAAGAAAAUGUAUUACCUUCUUAUUUUUUAAUAAAAAAUAAAUAAAUAUGCACUAGGUGCAGCACAAAAUAGGUGGUGGCACUCAAUUAUAAAUUUUAUAAAAUAAGAAUUUAUCAAUUGAUUAAUUUACAUUUGACAUAAAUUAAUUAUUGAUGUAACACCCUGAAUGUUUAAAGCAUAUUCAAAGUGGUCUAAUUUGUAUGUAUAAAAGCACCAUGAUACUACUACAUAGGUGCAAAACGAAUUAAGGAAAUUAUAUAAUUUAAGUGGUUUGUAAGUAUACCAAAAUUUAGGAUUAAUCCAAUUAGGUUAUAAUAAACAUACGAUGUUAAAUGAUAUUUUGUAUAACCUUUUUAUAAAAAUACUAAGUAUACAUUAUCAUAUUUAUUUGUCCGAUUGUAGUUGAAUAUUUGUCUUUGUUUCUACUUGUAUUUUUCCAUGAUCUCUAUAUAUUUUUGAUGAUUUUUCCUUUUUGUACAUUCCUACAUUUAUCUGUAUUUUUUUCAAUUCUAUCCUAAUAGUUACAUCCGAUGAAAUAUUUGAGAAUAUCAAAUUGACCAUCGAUAUUGCGAUUUUAUAGUAUAAGUAUAGAAUAUAUAACGUUCAUAUUAUGAUGUUUCUGUGGAUUGUAAAGUCAGUAGUCACAAAUUGAUGUUCAAAUGUUAAAAUUGGUGUGAAAAUAUUGUAGUGAAUACUGAAAAAUACAUUAUCUACGAGAGCUUCAUUUAUAUGUUUCAUUAGAAAAAUGUUGAUGGUACGGAUAGACACGUGUCCUAAGCUUCAUAGUUAUGUCUGUAUAACCGAGCCUUAUAAAAAAGUAGGGACCGUUCCUUUCUUCUGGUUGAUAAGUAAUUUGGUAUAUUAAUAUGUAUAUCUAUUCCUAUAUGAAUUGUAACGAUGUAGAGUAUGUUCUAUUACGGUCUAAUUUUUGUUAUACAUUGGUAACAUUAUUUGGGAAAUUGUGUAAAUGUAGGUAUCACAGUUAUAGUAAGACCUGAAAGUGCCGUGAACGGCUUGUAUUUAUUAUACAGUUUCAGUUCAACAACAUCGUAUUAUUAAAUAAUUAUUUGAAGGAUCAGUUCAAAUUUUUACUAAGUUGUUAGACAUAAACCCCGUUAUUUCAUAUGUUAAAGUUUACUUUCAUCUCUUUUUAGAUACUUACAGACUUUGCCACUGUAGCCUAUAUCAUAUAUAUUUACAUUAUCAUACAUUAAACAUACUCUAUUCUAAUUUCUAGGUAAAUAUAUGUUAAAUGCACAGCGAAGUAACCAUGAAGUAACGAUAUAUCGUUGAUUAUUAAAAUAUGAGUCGUUGUUUUUUUUCACAGUUUUGUGUUAGAGCUAGCGCGCAAGAGCAACUUUUGUCUCCGCAACUAUUUUGUCUCUCCCAUC